UCUUCUUAGAAUCAAUAGAUAUCUGUUUCUCAGUUUUAUAGAAAUGUUUCAAUACAUAUAGAACUAUGUUAUAACGUUAUGAUCUUUUUAUCUACUAUAUCUAUUUUUUAUUAUAAAAUAAAAAUUUUAAACAAACCUGAAGUAUUCAUUUGUAAAAUAUUAGAAUUCAAUUAUAUGUAAUUCACUUUGAAUAAGUUUUCUUUGAAAUGUUUACAAUAAUAUCUCUCAGAUUAAACUGGAUUAAUCUAUAAACUUAAGCUUAAGAAGUUCGCGUUUAGACAGAGUCAGGUUUCGACCGUGCUGUAGUCAACUAAGUACUAUAAGAUAAUUGUUCCUUUACAAGUAAUGAUAAUUACAAAGAAGCUUAUAGUUGCAUGCAUUUUCACAAUAAACAUAAUGAAAAAGGUCGUACUGCAAUAAAUUUCUAUAUAUUCUUGCAACAUUUAGCUAUGAAUUUCUUCAUUUUCUUGCAAUAUAUGAAGAUUCUCUCUAAUUGUAAGUCUAUUCAUGGGGCGAUACUGCUGUCUCUGCUUUUGUCAACGUGUUUAAUUAAAAUUGAAGAUAGUAGAAUAUCUCUUGUCUUUGUAUUAUAUAUUGACAAUAUCCGAACAGAAAAGGAGUAGUCGAAGGGGAAUAUAAUGAAUGACUGUAGAUCCACGGUUGGCUGAGGGUAACUUUCAAAACGCGAUAGAAAAGCAACUUACAUCAGUCUGAAAAAUAAGAGAUAACAGAAUCGUAAAAUGAAACAAACGACUUUUAUGUUGUCUCUGUAUACUUAAUAUUAAACAUAUCAGUGACGGUCAUAUAAAUAAAGUAUAUAUAGAUAUAAAAACUAAUAUUUAAAAGAGAUCUAUUAUCUAACUUGUAUCACGAGGAACAGCUACCGAGAAUAUGGACUUUCAAAGCGUGAAUCCUCUAAACGUUCGCUUAAACCUUCUCUCGGGCAAUUUACUGCCCUUGAAGUCAGGAAAUUCGCAAUUUUCGAUAACUUGGAGAAUAUAUAGCCUCUUGAUAUGGUUAAUUGAAUUUAUUCAAACAAUUAUAUUAUUUCCCGGAUUAUUUUUCGUAUCACGAGGGAAAGCUUUAGAAGACGGUACAGUUGUUUCUGUGGUUACCAUAGAGGUGUUUUUUAUGAUUGCGCGGAUUCAUUCACACAAACAGCUGGUGAGUCGCUUAAUCCAGAAACUAAAUGACAUUUUACACUGUGCGGACGAGACGAUGAAGAACGUUGUGACAACCACUCUGCAACCUAUGGAGAAUCCACUCAAGUUUUAUUGGUUAUCUGGCUCGUUAUCUAUUUUGGUAUGGGCCUGCUUACCGUUCCUAUUGGUCUUCAAAAAGGUUUCCUUCUUUUAUGAUGACUACAGGACACCAGCAGUCUUCUCCAAACAGCCAUUCUCGAUUAAUGUCUUUCUGUUAGGCAGUAUCUUCCUACUAAUUAGUAACAUAUACAUUUUUGUAAAGAAGGUCGGAUUGGAUGUUUAUAUGAUACAUCUUGUUUUAUUGAUAACGGCACAGUAUCGAUAUAUAGCCAUAAAACUUGAGGCAAUAUUUCGAGACGGAAAUUCGUUAAGUGAGUUCGAUGAGUCUCACCAGAAAUAUUACUCUGGAAUAAAUCGGUGGGUAGAAAAAGAAGUGACAGCAUUAUGUCGACAUCACAACACUGUUAUUCACUUAUCAUCUAUGUUAAAGAAAUUACUGUCUUUGAACUUCAGUCUGAUUUAUGUCAACAGCGUUUUACGGUUUUGUUUUGUCGGUAUCAUGUUGAGUACAAUACCAUCAACAAAUCUCCUGGAAGCUUUCUUGAUCAUAAUGUACUCAUGUGGCUCAAUAGUACAAUUUUACAUGUUGUGCUCUUGCCUUCAACAAUUGCUAGACGCGAGCAAAGAAAUGACAAAUAAUGCAUUUCACGAAAAAUGGUAUCAGUUUGGACCAUCUGUGAAACGUACAUUUAUGUCGAUGAUAUUAAGUAAUAAUUUAGAGUGCAAGCUUUCAAUGUGCGACAAGUUUAAUUUGUCUUUAUCCUCAUUUAUGACGAUCUUAAAUCAAUCGUAUUCGAUUACUCUUCUUCUCUUACGAGCACAAUAAUGAAAAACACGUAUGUUAUUUAAAUGCAAUAUUUUUAAAAUAAAUUCUUUAUUUUUUAAACUAAUGGUAA